GCGGGAUACUAUUAAAUAAUGGGUUUUCUGACUUAUAUCUAGUCAUGGUAGAGAUUUCGUGUGAAGCGAGGAAAUGGAAAGAAUUGUUUGGUUCGAAGUAAAAUAGGAUCAUUUAUCAGUUUUGUCGUGUAUGUGAAAUAAAAUCACGUGAUCAACUGGAUCCCUACAAGAACGCAAAGAAGAUCCAGAUCAUAAGUGGUCCAGAUCCAUUUUCUAGGUCCAAGUUUAUUGCUCCUCCGCUAUUCACAAAGAUGAAGGCUACUUGUUCACAAACAUUCAGGUGAAGAGAAGGUGUGGUAGAUUUGAAGUGUUGCAGCGCCUUUUCGAGAAAAGACUUUCUCCUCUUCUGAUAUCUUCCAAAAAAAGGCAUUUUCUAGUGUCAUUCGCGUUUUUCUUCUUUGAGACGGCAAAUAGUUAAGUACAAAUUUGAUAGGAUUCAGCAUCUCAACCUCUACUCUUAUUUUUUCUGCUCCGUACACACCAUUCCAUCCUGGUACACGAAAAAUGCCGAAAGUCGGGCGAUCGAAAACAGGAGCUGCCGCACGACAUGACCCUUUAUCAGUGCAGUUGGAAAACGACGACGCCACGCGAAACUUGAGGACCGUUCCGCGCAAAAAGCCGAAUCGGACAAAAGGUACUUACAACUUCUGUCUCCGGUUGAUAAAUGGUGAUUGUGUUGUAGUCUUAUCUAGCACGGGCGGUCGCUCCGCGACUGCCGGAGAGGUAUGGAGUAGACGAACAUCGAAGGGCGCGCAGCGCUUUUGUCUUGCAGCAAGACAGCGAAAUUUUAAAAUUUCAUUUUUAUCGCCACAGAAAGCCAAAGUUUGAGUUUUAUCGGAGAACCGAAUCCGCGAAGUUUUAAAAUUUCAUUUUUAUCGCCAAGGUUGAUGUUUUGUCGGAGAAUCGAAUCCGCGAAAUUUUAAAAUUUUAUUUUUAUGCGACUACGAAAUCCGCAAAAAUUCAAAAUUUUAUUUUUAUGGGAGAAGGAAGUCAGACAGCAGAAGCAGAUUGUCUCAUGUUGAUGCUUUGAUAAAUUAUUGUUGGACACAUGUUGGCAGUGAACGCCUUGUAGAAUUUGAUCGACAAUAGAAAUGGCACAUUCAUCAUCACACCAACAGCGGCAGAUAACAGUAACGCGACUGAAGGAGGGGAAGAUAUGUUGGAUUCCAAGAUGACGAGAAAAGUACUGGACUCCAUUGCAGCCCAGCGAAAAGAGGACGAGGAUGAAGGCGCAAAUCUGGACCUGCAUGGUGCGCGAGAAGACGCAGCUUUCACUGGUAGUAACGCCAAUGAGGAGGAUGAGGUAGAAGACCUCGAGCUCCAGGAUGAGGACGGGUUUCUCAAGCUUGACAGCUUGGGCGUAGGACAGCUUACGGCCGAAGAGGAGGCGGCACUGCAGAUGUUCCUUCCGCCGUCUGCAGGAGGCGCGAGUUCGUCCACAUCGUCCCGUGCAGGAGAGCACGCAGCUGCGAACAAAACAGCCCAGCAGGAUGAAUCCGGUAAUGGCUCCACGUCCCUGGCAGACAUCGUGAUGCAGCAGCUCAAGGAGCGAACAGAGGAACUGACGCGACUGCCAAACGAGGCCACGGAAAGCACGCAGAACUCGGCGAAGCAUAAGAACGAGCUGAGUCCCAAGGUAAUCCAGGUCUACACCGAGAUUGGAAAGUGGUUGAAGACCUACAAGAGCGGGAAGAUGCCCAAGCCGUUUUUGGUGAUUCCAAGUUUGACGAACUGGGAAGAAGUCUUGUGUUUGACUAACCCGCUGGAUUGGAGUCCAAAUGCGAUGCGGGAAGCCGUGAAAAUUUUUGCGAGUCAGUUGAACGCGAAAAUGGCACAACGAUUUUUCAAUCUGGUUCUACUGCCCGCGGUCCGCAGCGAUAUGGUGGAGAACAAAAAGCUCAACUUCCACUACUACGAGUGUUUGAAGAAGGCCAUGUUCAAGCCUGCCGCGUUCAUGAAAGGCAUUCUGCUCCCGUUGGCGCUCGAGUCGUGCACACUCCGCGAGGCCCACAUCGUCUGCUCCGUGCUGGGAAAAAUUUCUGUCCCAGUUCUGCACGCGAGCGCAUCCUUGGUGCGACUAGCCGAAUUCUCGCCGUGGUACGGGACCACCGCGAUGUUCAUGGCCGUGCUCAUCAACAAAAAGUACUUUUUUGCUGCAGCAAUUUUUACCUACGGGCAACAUCAAGCGGAUGUCGUCUUUAGUUUUUCUUGUUGAUGCGCAUGUCGUCUUUAGUUUUUCUGGUUGAUUUGCAUGACAGAUUUGCAUUUGCACUAUUCGUUCUUGCUCGAGAGUCUCUUCGCUGACUUGCAGUUGUUUCACAGAACAGUAGAAGGUCGCGACGGAGAUUUAUAUCUGUGCGAGGAGGGCAACCACGGGCAUCAUGAUACAUGAUCUCCAUCUGCGACAAGUAGAGAAGCAUUCCACUUUUCUUGCAAAAAUAAAAUCAAGGUAUUCGCUUCCGUACUCUGUGAUCGACAAGCUGGUGGAUCAUUUUUACUCGUUCUUAGCAGACGAGCGCGAGCUGCCUCUUGUCUGGCACCGAUGUUUGCUGAUCUUUGUGCAGCGGUACAAGGGGGAGCUGAACGGGGAGCAAAGGCUCAAGCUCAAGCAGCUCCUGAAGGUCCACUGCCACGAGAAAGGCAUCGGACAAGAAGUCAAGCGCGAACUUUUAGCGAUUGCCAUGAGCCUUCGCGAGAAAGACUGCGGCGCAAGUGCCAUGGAAACGGAGGGCUGAAGCAGGUGAAAUGUCUGGGUGAACAAGGCGCGUGGAGCCGAGCUGAAUUCUGGAAUUGCAACAGACAGUAUACGGAAUAAACACUCUAUGGCUGUCAAGAAUCACCAGGAGCAUCAGCAUGCAGCACCAUUAAC